GCAGAAGUGUUCCUGUUUUGAUCAAAUAAACAGGGUCUGCGAGAGCACAAGUGAGAAUCUCUAACUUUGCAUUGCAACAGACCCUAAGAUAUCUGCAGCUCCACAACAUGAAGUUCAACCAGAUGAUGAUGAUGAACUUUGCUGUCAGUGAUGAUCAUGGGCACAAAUGGACGAAUCUGCUUAAAUCGAUGCUGCACAUCCGUCUCCACCAAAGAAAUCACAUCACCUAUAACAGGAUUCAGACUUCAAACGCGAAAUGGUCCUUGUGUGGAUGCAGUCAUUUUCUACACAGCUGAGGGUAGGUGGUGCAGCCACUGGAAGCCGAACUGGGUGAAGCAGAAGAUCCAGGAGUUCAGAAAACUUCAGCUGGAAGUCUCUGAUGAAAUACAGAAGAUCACCAGCACUGUCUCUAAACCUCUGAUGAAGAUCACCCCCACUGUCUCUACACCUCUGAUGAAGAUCACCCCCACUGUCUCUACACCUCUGAUGAAGAUCACCAGCACUGUCUCUAAACCUCUGAUGAAGAUCACCAGCACUGUCUCUACACCUAUGAUGAAAACUUCCUCUAAAGCCCUGGAUAUUCCUGCACUCUGCAGACAAUGUAAAAGAUUCCUGUGGGAGAACUGUUUUGACUACACAAGGACAAUGAAGACGACGUUUAGUCCAGAUGUUCCCAUGACAUGCUUUUUCCUCUUUCAGUUUGAUCUAUGCAUUGAAUCUCCACUAUCCCGUUUUUAUAAAGAAGAUCUUUUGAUGUGUUUCAGUAGCUUUUCUUGAGACUGGAUUCUUCAAAGUUUAUAAACAUCUCACAUCUGAUUUUCUGUCUGUUAAUGAAACAAAAGAUCUCAUGUUAACUGCAGUAACUUUUGUAUAAUCUACAGUAACUCCAUUAUUCACCUUAAACUUAAAACUUUUGGCAAAUAAGUAAUUGAGCCUAAUGGAUUAAGCACAGCCAAAGGAUUAAAUAAACCUCUGAUUUAAACAGAUGUGCAAAUGAGCUUUCUGGUACACUAAAAGCAUGUUCUGGGCGCACGGAAAGGUGGGGGUACGCUCAAGAGCUAUAUUUGAGUUCCGGCGCGUACCGGCCCACUUAAAGCACUCGUGGACAUCAUUUGUGCUCUUUAUUGGGCUAUCUGUGAAUAAUAAGCACAGUCAUUAGCAAAUAAUCAGAAAAUAAAAACGCAAACCUAAGUGAAGAGGUUAUCUUGGUAUACAUGUAAACGUAGUCAAUGUUAUAAAAUGUAUGAUUGCAUGCAAGAAACUCAAGUAUCUUUAAUGUAAAUAAUGCAUUAAACAUCAAAUGAUUUUAUGACUAAUAAAACUAUUAUACUAUGAA